CUUAUAUAUAGUUGCCCUCUUUAGUUUUCAUCAAUCCUAUGUGCAUCACUCAUUUGCCAAAGGAGAACCUCUCAGAUCACUGGUGUGAUCUGCCGAAACCAAUAUCAACAUCCUUAACAGAGAGAUUCAUAGGCAAACCUCUUUCAUUUUGUUUCUUUAUAAAAAAACAUUUUUUUUAAGUACACGACUUUGUCCGAACGACUAUCAGAUUCCAUAGUCUUGCAUGCGGAGAAGAAAACAACGAAUGAACAUGUAGAGUGGGUUUUGACUCUGCACUACGAUGUCUGCAGUUGCAGGAAGCUCUCUGCAGUGAGCACGCCGAGGUUAUGCUUCUCAAAAGUCCUCUGUUGAGUCAGAAACAGAGUGAAAAGGGCUAAGGACUGCGUCACAAUAUACUGCCCUGACCUCGUGACCCCGCACGGAGCCAUGAGUAACCCUAAGGAUGCCAGCGACACCAAUGUUGCCGCCAACACCAAGAACGCGGUCACGUCAGCCCCGGUCCAGCCGCCACCCUCUCCUCGGCGGAUUGACGAUGACGAGGACGAAGAGCGGGACCUGAACAAGACCCUGGGAGUGCAGCGGUUCCAGCAGAUCCUCCACCCGCCGGCCCGUGGACCACCAGAGAAGCACCGGGCCUAUAACGAGGAGGACUUUGAGUACCACCGCCACUCCUCUCAUCACAUCCACCACCCGCUGUCCAAACUUCCCCCGGAGGGGAAGAAGAAGAAGAGCAACAAGAGGAAGAAGGGAACGGGACGGAGAAGGGGAUCCGGAGCCGGAGGAGCUCCCACCAUAGAGGAGGACGAGGAGGAAGAGGAGGCGGAGGAAGAGUCCUACAGCCAGUACGAUGGAGAGGGAGGGCAGACCACCACACCUGAUACAGACAUGGACACACACAACGAGGAUGUGCAGUUCUUUGUGUCUGAGGAUGACUGUGCCAGUGCCACUCCUACUCCCACGCCAAGCCAGCCUGGCAGUGCCAGCUUUCCCAGACACCUCACCAUCGUACCCGAGACUGCCCUGGGCACCGACCUGCCAGAGGACGCCACACCUACUGAUAAGCCAGUGGACUCGGUGUCGGCCCCUCACAAAGGGAGGAACGGCCUGUCCUCCGGCCCCUCCCGGGAGUCCCCUAGCCCAUCCACAUGGGGUUCCAUACCUCCCUCCUCCAAAGCACCGCCCCCUGGUGGUAGCCGCAGCUAUGACCUGCAGGAGCGCCGGCGCUCGGGCAACAUGACGUGUGGGCUGCAGGAGCAUCACCAGCGCCAGGCCACUGACGACAGCGAGGCCCAGAUGCUGGGGUCCGCCGACCUGGAUGGGAUCAAAAGCCACAGGUUUGAGGAUGUGCCUGCGGUUCGCCGUCACCUGGUCAGGAAGAGCAACAAGGGUCAGGUGGUGCACAUCAACAAAGACCACAAGGAGCCUAGUGCCCGCAGCCGCAAGUUGGAUCGUACCCCACAUGAGGUGUUUGUAGAGCUAAACGAGCUGGUGAUGGAUAAGAACCAGGAGUUGCAGUGGCGGGAGACGGCUCGCUGGAUCAAGUUUGAGGAGGAAGUGGAGGAGGAAACGGACCGUUGGGGAAAACCCCACGUCGCCUCGCUCUCCUUCCGUAGUCUCCUGGAGCUCCGAAAGACCAUCUCCCAUGGUGCGGUGCUGCUGGACUUGAAGCAGAAGACCUUGCCUGGCAUCGCCCAUCAGGUGGUGGAGCAGAUGAUCAUCUCUGAUCAGAUCAAAGUAGAGGACCGGGCCAAUGUCCUCAGAGCCCUACUACUCAAACACAGUCACCCGAGCGAUGAGAAGGAACACAGCUCUUUCACGCGGAACAUCUCUGCCGCCAGCCUGGUCUCACUGAUGGUGAACCACCAAAACAGCAGCAACCACACAGGCCAAGCCGAGCCCUCUGUGACUGACCCCCUCAUGGAUGGAGGAGGGGCUGCCGGCACCCUCACAGACUCCCGCAUCGACGUGGACAAGAGCGAGAAGGACAAUCCUCCCAUAUUGGGCAUGCACAGGUCCAAGUCCAAGCAUGAGCUCAAGUUGCUGGAGAAGAUUCCGGAAAAUGCAGAGGCCACUGUCGUCCUCGUAGGCGCCGUGGCCUUCCUGGAGCAGCCUUCCAUGGCGUUUGUGCGUCUGCAGGAAGCCGUCCUGCUGGAGUCCGUGCUGGAGGUUCCUGUUCCUGUGCGUUUCCUCUUCCUCCUCAUGGGCCCACCCAUCGCCAACAUUGACUACCACCAGAUUGGCCGCUCCAUCUCCACACUUAUGUCUGACAAGCACUUCCAUGAGGCGGCAUACUUGGCGGACGAGCGGCAGGACCUGCUGAAUGCCAUCAACAGCUUCCUGGACUGCAGCAUCGUGCUGCCUCCGUCUGAGGUGGGUGGCGAAGAGCUACUGCGCUCGGUGGCCCGCUUCCAGAGAGAGAUGCUCCGCAAGAGAGAGGAGCAGCAGGGCAAGGAGCUCAAGGUCAAAGAGCCAAAGUGCCCAAAGGAUAAAGCUCUGCAGGAGCCCUUCAAACCUGGGGUCGACCCUCUGCGCCGUUCAGGCCGCCUGUUUGGGGGUCUGAUCCGCGAUGCCGCACGGCGCUACCCCAAAUAUGCCAGUGACUUACGUGACGCGCUCAACCCCCAGUGCAUGGCCGCCAUCAUAUUCAUCUACUUCGCUGCCCUGUCGCCCGCCGUCACCUUCGGAGGACUACUGGGUGAGAAAACAGGGGGGUUGAUUGGCGUGUCGGAGCUGAUCAUCGCCACGGCAAUGCAAGGGGUUAUAUUCUCCCUCCUUGGGGCGCAGCCUCUCCUUGUGGUGGGCUUCUCUGGACCCCUGCUGGUGUUUGAGGAGGCCUUCUACUCGUUCUGCAAUGCCAAUGACAUGGAGUAUCUGACGGGCCGGGUAUGGAUUGGCUUCUGGCUGGUGCUCAUCGUUGUCCUCAUAGUGGCCUUCGAGGGAAGCUUCCUGGUCCGCUUCGUGUCGCGCUUCACCCAGGAGAUCUUCUCCUUCCUCAUCUCCCUCAUCUUCAUCUACGAGACUUUCUCCAAACUGGGCAAGAUCUUUCAAGAGCAUCCUCUUCAACGCUGUUACCUAGUCAACGGCACAUGGACAUCAUCAUCGUGCAACCACACUGUGGUCGACGUGCCUGACAAGGUGGUAGGAGAGCCCAACACAGCCCUUCUGACGCUGGUGCUCAUGUCUGGAACCUUCUUCAUUGCAUUCUACCUGCGCAAGUUCAAGAACAGUGCCUUCUUCCCUGGCAAGCUCCGUAGGAUGAUUGGAGACUUCGGGGUUCCCAUCUCGAUUCUCAUCAUGGUGUUGGUGGACUACAGCAUAAAAGACACCUACACCCAGAAGCUGAGCGUGCCCACAGGCUUCUCGGUGACCAGUCCUGAGAAGCGGGGGUGGCUGAUCCCUCCGCUGGGCUCAGACGGCCAGUUCCCUGUCUGGAUGAUGGGCGCUAGCAUCCUACCCGCACUGCUCGUAUUCAUCCUUAUCUUCAUGGAGACGCAGAUCACCACGCUAAUAGUCUGUAAGAAGGAGCGGAUGCUGUUGAAGGGCUCCGGCUUCCACCUGGACCUGCUCAUCAUCGUGGCCAUAGGUGGGGUUUCAGCCCUGUUCGGCCUGCCCUGGUUGGCCGCCGCCACCGUGCGUUCUGUCACCCACACCAACGCCCUUACCGUCAUGAGCAAAGCGGUGGCCCCCGGCGAUAAGCCCCGUAUCCAGGAAGUGAAAGAGCAGAGGGUGACGGGCUUCUUCGUAGCUCUGUUCGUUGGUUUGUCCAUUGUGAUCGGAGAUCUCCUGCGCCAAAUUCCCAUCGCUGUGCUCUUUGGGAUUUUCCUCUACAUGGGUGUCAUGUCCCUCAACGGUAUCCAGCUCACAGAGCGCAUGCUGCUGCUGCUUAUGCCCCCCAAGUAUCAUCCUGACCACACCUAUGUCCGCAAGGUGAGGACCCUGCGGAUGCACCUGUUCACAGGGAUUCAGCUGGUGUGUCUGGCGGCUCUGUGGGCGGUCAUGUCCACAGCGGCCUCGUUGGCCUUCCCCUUCGUCCUCAUCCUCACCGUGCCCGUCAAAUGGUUCCUGCUGCCCCGCAUCUUCACCACACGCGAGAUGCAGUGUUUGGAUGCAGACGACGCAGAACCUAAGUUUGAUGAGAGGGAGGGACAGGAUGAGUACACAGAGAUGCACAUGCCUGUAUAAUGGUUGGUUGGGGCCAACGUGAUGGACAUCCUGCUGACCAAUAGGCACCCAAGUCCUAUACUCCAGGAAGUUGCUCCUAACCCACCAAAUCCUUUGUUUGUUAACCUGAUAUUUUAUAAACGCACCACUGAUGGUUUGAGCGGUUUCAUUUGUCUUUUAUUUAAUUAUUUUAAAAAGAUUUUUAGAGUCCCAACUCCCAAAUCAUGUUUUUUUUUUUGUCAGUUUUUACUAUUUUGCUUUUCGGAAAGGUGGAUAUAUACUUCGAAAUUAUUUUAGUCAUUGUUACAAUGUUGAAUCAUGUUUUUCUGUAUCUUUUGGGUUAUUGUUGGGGGUAUGUUUUAAUUUCAGGUGGGAGUUGGAUUUGCUAUGUGUCAAAGUAAAAGAUUGUUGUCCACAUAAAAGCUGCUGUUUGCUAUUGUAGUGUAAACCCCCCCUGAGAAGCCUAUAUUCAGCACCUAUUCAAGACUUCUGGUGAUAGCAGAUAUUAAUUAUUUCUGGUUUACAGUGUCUUCUGUUUGCUUCUGUGGUGGCGUUAUCACAUAUGCUAUGUGGCUAUGCAAGUUGGUUGUGAUGAUAUACGGUCUGUUACAGUGUAAUCAAGCACGCCAAAGAGUUCUGGUUGUGUCUCAGUAAGUUUGUUUUAGAAUCGGGUACAGUGGGUAAGUGAUUGAACGUUGUUCAGGUGUUGGGGGGGGGGGGGGGGUUACAGGGGUAUGAUACAUUAAGAAUAGGGGUGCCUACAUCCGUUAUAAUGUUGUUUAAAGAGCAACUGCCCCUAAAAACCAACUUCUCAUUUAGAAAACUUCCAAUGUGGCAUCAGUAUGAGUCAGAAACAUUUAUUCUACUGUCAAGAUUUACUACAAAGUGUAAAUAGGAUAAUUUUGGUCAUGAAGUCAGUCUCGUGCAAAACUGAGUUUUGCGAGACUUGUGGUCAUGACUCCAUCACAACGUAAAUGAAUGUUGGGUUUGUUUCAAUCCUGCUGGCAGCCCACAAGCAAUCAUCAAUUCCGAGAGCAGCUGCACAUGACCCGAUCUUAAUGCCUGUGGUAAAUUUGGGCUGACUUUGGAUAUUCCUAUGGGGCUAGUUAGGGACCAUGGUAAAUGACACAAUGUAUAUGGGACAUUAUGUUAAAAUUCCAAUAGUUCCACAUUUCAAUUACUUAAAAAUCACAAACCAACUAUAAAUUGUAAAAAUUCAUAUACAAAUAUUGAAAGCAUUUAAUGAGAAAACUAAAAGGUGUGCAACAUGAAAAUAUUGUCUCAUAUACAUUGUGUAAUUUAUUGACGGCCACUAACUAGCCCUGGAGAUAGGCUUUCCAAAGUCAAACCAAUUUUGUCACUGUCGCACACCAGCUAGCUGAAGCUAAUUUGCUAAAUAAUGCUUCCUACCUGUGAACACACACACACACACACACACGAGACACCCACAUCAGACCACACCCCAAAACCAACUUGAGGUUUAAAUUCAGUCUUGGCAGCUAGAAUUUCUUACGGAACCAAAUGUAAAAUGAGGCCAAAUCAGGAAGUGCAGUCACCCUUUAAAAGCAGCCCUGAAUACAGGCCUAGCACUACAGUAGCACUACAGUACCCUUGGUGUAUAUUUGGGAUGGUACACGGCGGAAGUCUUCAUUUGGCAAUCUUUGCCUCAGGAAGUAAACGUGUCAAAAUGUUUCCCCCUAUCCUGUAGGACUGACAAACACUGUAUAUUUUUUGAAGAGCACAUUACUGAAAAUGACUUUCGACCGACCCUUUGCUGCUUAGAUCUCACCACUGUGCUUUUUUCCCCCAAACGUGUUAAAGAUGUUUGGUCCCAUUACACAAAUAAUCCAUCAUACCUGAAUACACUACAUACCACUUUUAAAAUGAGUCACUUGAUUCUCACUGCCAUGCACUCCUACCGUAGUCGUGUAGUCUUUGUUUGACUGUCUGAACAACAUCUCCACCCAUUUCUCUGGACUCCAUUUAACUGUAGUAAAUGCCUAUUGUGUAUUUUGUAUAUGGGGCCUUGUCUUGUUCUAGAGUAUAACUAUGGCCUUCCAUGCUUGAUCUACAUAUGAGGACCAGCUAUGUGGUUGUGCCUGAAAGAGUUAAAGCGACAUCAAUUGAAAGCACCAAUGUGAAAAUGCAAUCAGUUUAGCCAACUGAGCUUUCCAUCAUCUUCGGGAGGGAAAUCACAUUACAUUUCAAUUGUGUACUACAGUUUGAGUAUGAUUAUGGCUUUAAUGUACAGUCACCAAAAAGUCGGGAGACAUUCUAUUCCAUACAAAUGAAGGCAUUUGUAAGUAUGUAUGCUAAUCUAUUUACUUAGGGCCCAGUAGUUACUCAUGUCUAUAAACCCAAUAAGGCUAGUCCAUUCAUAACUGCUGUUUCCAUCUUAAAAUGUCACUGAAUGUGUUGUAACAACACAUUCAGCCAUAAUCAAAGUUAUUGAUAUUAUGUUUACUUUCUACCACAUUAAAGUUAAACCACAUGCAAUGCAGUUGUUUGCAAGUAUUCCAAAAGUAAUGCAGUAGGAAUACUGUGUCUCGUUGAAUCACUGCAAAUGAAGAGCACUGGAUUCCUUGAAUGUGUUUGCUAUCGUGUGGUCCCCCCCCCCCCCCCCCCCCCCCCCCCAAUUAUAUAUUUUUUUGCCUCUGUUGCAGAUUUGCUAGCAUCCAGAAAUAUGCUAAAAUAUUAACUCAUGUUCUCUCACAUUGUAUUACUCUCUUUUUUUAAACUGCAAAUAUUAUAGCAUUUUAUAUUUCAAAUCUAUUGUUGACAUGCAGGGAUGUAGAAAUGAGAGUGAGAAAUCAAGAAGAAAUAAAACAUAUUAUACAAACAUAUCCAUAUAUUUUCUUAGGAACCAAUCAUGGUUCAAGUGCUUUCGGGCUUUAGCUACAUUGCAAUAUGUUAAAAUAGACAAUCUUCCUUGCUCUAGCCAUGCCAAGUUUGUAGAAUUAGAGCUUUGGCUGAUUUUAAAUGUUAUUUUUUUUUAUAUAUAUAUAUGUACAAAUAAAUGAAGCUUAAUGAACUGAA